UACCUUAAUACUAUUUCCCCUAGCUAGCUACUUAGGUCCUGGCCAUGGCUGCCCCCGAUCACCAAAAGAUUCAUCCCGUCCACGUGGAACUGGAAAACACCCCAAAACCUACGGCCCCGCUGGUGCCCCCGGGCAGUUUCCGGUCGGAGAAAGGCGACCCCGAGAGGCAGCACGUAGUUCCCACGCAGCCUCCAUAUCCACAACCAUCGCCACCAGCGGCCGCCACCAGAAAGAGGAGAAGUUGUUGCAGAAGAUGCCUGUGCUGGACAUGUUGCUCCCUCCUCCUCGCCGUCCUCGCCGUGGCCGCAUCCGCCGCCGUCUUGUUCCUCGUUUUCCGGCCAAAGGUCCCGAAGUACUCCGUCGACAGCCUGACAAUCUCCCAGCUCAGCCUCAGCCCCGACAACAACACCCUCUCCGCCGCCUUCCGCGUCAGCAUCACCGCCAGAAACCCCAACAAGAAGAUCGGGAUAUACUACCGUGGCGGAAGCCGCCUGAGGGUUGCCUACGCGGGAACGGACCUCUGCGAAGGGCCGUUCCCGGAGUUCUACCAGGGACACCGCAACACGACUGUGGUCAACGUCGCGUUGACCGGUCAAACGACAGACGCCUCUAGGUUGCUCCGGUCCAUGCAGACGCAGCAACAGACGGAGGGGAUCGUCCCGUUGGAUCUGAGGGCGAAAGUUCCGGUGAGGGUUAAAAUUGGGAAGUUGAAAAUGAUGAAAUGGAAGUUCUUGGUGAAGUGUAGGGUGGGUGUGGAUAGUUUGAGUCAGGUCAACGUUAUUAGGGUUAGGAGUAGUAAGUGCAAGUUUAGGUUUAGACUUUAAGACUUGUUUUGGUAUAUGUUGUUUAGGUUUAGACUUUAAGACUUGUUUUGGUAUAUGUUGUUUUUUAUUUGUGAGUAUUUUUUUUGGUACAUUUGUUUUUGUAUAAUAAUGGUACGUCUACACG